AUGCCUCGCCAAAGAUCCGCCGGCAGAGCCCCCUCUCGCCCUACCGUCCCCGCCCGCGCUCCCGCCGCGCCCACCCACCAGCAGCAGUCCCGGCCGGCCGCCACGUACGCCCCGGCCCAGCAGCAGCAGCACGCUCCCCACGCCCCGGCUCCCGCCGCCGCGCCCGCCGCGUCCCAGGGCCCCGGCCUCUUCGGCCAGAUGGCCAGCACCGCUGCCGGUGUCGCCGUCGGAUCCUCCAUCGGCCACGCCAUCGGCGGCCUCUUCUCCGGCGGCUCCUCCGCCCCCGCCGAGGCCCAGCAGGGCGCCGUCGCCGCGCAGGCCCCCCCUGCCCAGCAGCAGAACAGCUCCUGGGGCAACAACUGCCAGGGCGCCACCGAGUCCUUCACCAAGUGCAUGGACGAGCACGGCGGCAACAUGCAGAUCUGCGGCUGGUAUCUGGAACAACUGAAAGCUUGCCAGCAGGCUGCCAGCCAGUACUAA